UGAAUUGAUACAUUUGAGGUAUCUUGAUUUAUCCGGUAAUAGGAGACUGAAAGAAUUACCGAGCGUCAUUGGUAGCUUAUACAACCUGCAAACCUUGCGACUUGAUUAUUGCGACAGUCUCGAGGAAAUAGAUGUGCGAAGGCUAAUUAACUUGAGGCAUCUUCAUCUUCGAGGCUGUUAUGAACUAAGGUUAAUCAAAGGGAUUGAGAAAUUAAGAGAUCUACAAACGCUAGAUGAGUUUCGUGUCGGAGAUGGAAACAAGUUGGAAGAUCUGAAAGACUUGAACCAGCUUCAAGGGAGUCUUACUCUUCACCUUUGGGGGGGGGCAUCCAAAGAUGGCGGAGAAUGCAGCAAUUCUGGUGAAUAAGCCUCUCUUGGAUUUGAGUCUAAACUUUGUUCCAGGUUUUGGUAGAGAAAUUAUGAAUGGGUUAGAGCCGCCUCCAGGUUUGGAAUCUCUAUUCAUCCAUGGUUAUAAAGGCGCCUUCUCCCCAUGGUUGUCGUCUUUACACCGCCUGAGAGUGCUCACCCUUGUUGAAUGCGAUUGUCAGGUUUUGCCUUCUUUAGGGAAACUGGCGUCCCUUGAAUCAUUGACUAUUCAGUAUCAAGGAGUGAAUCUCUAUGGAGUCUCAAAGGUAGGAGUUGAGUUUUUGGGAAUAGAACAAGGGAAAACCUCGUCAUCUUCCAUUUUCAUAUCAUUCCCCAAGCUGAAACAACUCACUAUCCAUUUCAUGCCGUCAUGGGAAGAGUUGGAAGGAGUGGAAGAGGAGAACUCUGAGAAGAUUACAAUCAUGCCAUGCCUUUCUGAAUUGACAAUUUAUGACUGUCAGAAGCUAAAAGCACUGCCGGACUUCCUGUGGAAGACACCACUACAGAAGUUGCGCAUCAGCGGCUCUCCCAUUCUCGAAAACCUUUACAGAAAAGAAAUAGGCGAGCAGUGGGCCAAGAUUUCUCACAUCCCGAACACCAAAGUUGGAUGGUAGGACUUCCUGAAUUGUAACAGGCUACUCGUACAGUUCACAUUCAGAAUGGCAUUGGAGACUUGGACUUGUCAAGCUGAUGGCAUCCUAAUUUGGUUAGUGAGCUGCAUACCUAUAUUGUCAUCAACCAUGGUCUUUGUAGCUUCUAGCUAAGCAGCUCAUGGCUUCCUCACAUAGACUGAACUCCCUGUCAGCUUUUA